CGUGGAUCGAUUUCCUCCUGUCACUCUCUUCGUUCCUUGAUUUCCGUCCCUAUCCUGGGUGGUUUAAUACCUUGUUUGUAGUAACACCAUGCCACACCAGAAUUCGGCCGAGAAGCCGCCACCUCAUGUCCAAGAUACUGAAAUUGAUGAGGAAUUGGAAGCUCUCGAAGGAUAUGUUGUUGAUCCUAGUCAAUAUCCCGAUAAUGCAGCGCGCCUGAAAACUAGCCCAGACGGUCGCUUCGUUCUGAUUCCGCAACCUCUCGAUACACCCAAUGAUCCGUUGAAUUGGCCAUCUCGGAAGAAAUGGUUUGCUGUGGCAAUAGUGGCUUAUAUUGCGCUUUUAGCUGAUUACACUGGAGGGACUGCUAUUAUUACUGUUAUUCCACAGUCCAUCCAGUGGGAGCUAGCUCAAGCUACGGUGCAGAGAGCAGUGGUCGGUAAUCUCUUUACCAUAGGCGCGUGUGGUCUCUUCGUGGUGCCUUUGGCGCAUUAUUUUGGGCGCUUGCCCGUCACCCUUUUCUUCCAAUGCGUUAUGGUUGGCACCUGUGCAUGGUCGGCCGCAGCCACCAGCUUUCCCUCGUAUUUAGCCGCGCGCAUCAUCAACGGCUUCUUCUGUAGUGUUGGUCAAGGAGGUGCCCUAAUGUGGAUCAAGGACCUCUUCUUCUUCCACGAGCACCCCAAGGUAAUCAAUUAUGUGGAGUUCUCCAUUAUCAUGAGCCCGUACCUUGGCCCUUUGAUCACCUCAUUCAUCGUGUCCGGGGUCAGUUGGCGCUGGGCAUUCUGGCUGUGCACAAUCAUGUCUGGAGUGGGCCUUAUACUGAUCCUCUUCUUGGAUGAAUCAUUGUUUGAUCGCAAGCACCCGCCGUCGUCCCGAGGGUCCUAUAUCAGUCGUCUCACUGGCGCGCAUCAAGCAAAGUACUGGGAACAUAAAAGCCUCGUUCAGUGUUUUGCACUGCCUCUUAUAGCCAUAACUAAGAUACCGGUGCUCACUAUCCUUGUAUACUAUUUCCUCAAUUUCGCCUGGGUCAUCGGCGUUAAUACGACGAUCGGGAUUUGGUUGACCAAUAUAUACGGCUUCUCGACGAGAGGCAUAGGUAACUAACGUCCCACAUACUCCCGACUGCUUUAUAAUAAACUGACUCCACCCAGGAUAUUUCUACUUCUUCGGCAUUAUCGGCGUCCUGCUUGGCUGGUUCGCCGGACACUUCCUUCACGAUGCUGUUGGACAGUACUACAUCAAACGCCACCGCGGACGACUAGACCCCGAAGCUCGGUUAAUUAUCACGUACCCUGCCACCAUCAUUUGCUGCGUUAGUUUGAUUAUCUUGGGUCUAGCAUUUCAAUAUCACUGGCACUACAUGGUCAUCGCAGUGUUCGCGGCUACUCAAUGUAUCGGUGUCAUGAUUGUCACGACGGCUAUCAAUGCCUAUCUCCUUGAUUCCUAUCCAGAGGGUUCGGGCGUCGUGGGUGCGUGGGUAACGGCCAGUCGCAACUGGGCGGGCUUCAUGGCUACUUAUAUUCAGAUUGACUGGGUGACACGGAUUGGACCUGCCAAGGCAUUAGGGAUACAGGCGGCUAUCACCUUCGUGUCGGUGUUUUUCAUGGUGUUCUUGCAGGUAUACGGUAAACGACUGAGGCAGUGGCAGGGACGGAUGGUAUUUAGUAGGCAAGGAAAGCAAUAG